AUGAAUUACUGCUUCUUGCUUAUUGCAUUAAUUUGCAUUAUUGAAACAUAUGCGUUAAGAAAACAAGGUGUUGCCGUUAAAGGCCGAUUAAUGUGUGGUCCUCGACCUGCUAACAAUACUAAAGUUCGAAUUGUUGAUAUUGACUAUGGCAUAGAUCCUGAUGAUACACUUGAUGAGAAAAUUAUUGAAAAUGAUGGAAGUUUCGAGCUGAAUGGAUAUACGCGCGAAUUAACUCCAAUUGAUCCCGUUUUAUAUAUUUGGCACGACUGUCAAGAUGGCCUUACGCCAUGCCAAAAGAAAAUAACACUGAGAAUACCGAAAAAAUUUAUUCAUAACGGUGAACCAACCGCUGAACAAUGGAUUGAUAUCGGUGUAUUAAACCUUGAAUCAACGUUUGCUGUUGAAGAACGCGAAUGUCUUCACUAA